AUGUACCCUGGCUUAGAGGUUAAGUCCCUAGGCUUCAGUAGCCGUGGGAGCAGUAAUGACUCUCCGAAAAGCUUGAAGAAAUUUAAAAGAAAGGCGUGACAGUGUUAUCUCGUUCAGAAAGGGUACUCGUGACCCUUAUGUUCAAGGAUUGCGCUGUGUUGUUCCGCCCAUAUUCACCUAUAAGGGGAAUGUGGGAACGGUAUGUGUCAUCCCUCACACGUACAACAUAGGCGGGGUUUCCUUAGGCCCAAUCAGCGUCUCUGACAGCGUUCAGUAUCUGGGUAUACGGUUCAACUACCGUGGAAUCACAAAACAACCGUCAAGCAUGAUGGCUACAAAGCUUUUAUGCGAGAUUACAGACGCCCCCCUAACAGCGAAUCAGAGGUUGACUCUGCUAAAACGUUAUGCCCUACCCAAAUUACACUAUACGGGGCAACUAGGAAUCGUAAGUAAAGCGGACCUGGAGAAAGUCGAUCUCCUAAUCCGCAAUUCGGUGCGAAAGUGGCUAGGGCUGCCACAUGACACUACUAAUGGGUACCUCCAUGCGCGCAUUAGAGAUGGAGGAAUCGGGGUCGAACCCCUAUAUCCGCUGGCAAUUCUUCGGCGUUCCCGCCGAUUCGUUUCGUGUAGUGCACGUAGGUGCGAAAUGAUGGAAGCCGUCCGAAUAUCGGCGGCCUACAAAGCGAUUGAGGGCAAGUCCUUAAGCGGGAUGUCUCUUGGCGGGAGGAUGAUAAACUCAUCUCACGACGUAUAUGACUUAUGGAAAACGCGCCUCUAUAGCACUCUAGACGGUAGCGGCCUUAAAGUCUCCAGCCAGAGCACAUCGUCACAUAUAUGGGUUACGUCCCCGAAAGGGAUGUAUCCCUGGAUGUACCAAAAAGCGCUACAACUUAGGGGUCAUACCCUGAAGACAAAAGCGCGCGAAUCAAGGGGCGGUAGAGGAAACAUAAACUUACAGUCCAAAGGGGGCUGUCGGAGGGUUGAAUCCUUGACGCAUAUCCUUCAGGAAUGCAAAGUCAUUCAGCGAUUGCGGAUCGCUCGACAUAAUAGAGUAGUCUCGAAACUGGAAGGCUCGCUGAGGCGGGCGGGUUCUUCAGUGUUGCAUGAAUCGUACACACCGUGCGGGGAUAGUUAUGUGAAGCCGGAUUUGCUGGCAUGCAGAAUGGGGGCAAUAUUCGUUCUUGACGUCAUAAUCUGCAGCGAUAGCAGACUGCGCGCAUCCUGGAAUGCGAAAAUACAAAAAGAUCGCGCUUAAUAAGCAAUUUAGACAAGCGUUCGGACUACGAGUAGGUCCUGUGAACCAUUUACCGGUGGUUUUAACGAUGAGAGGCGUGCUCGACGAAAGGUCAGAUAGGGGA